AUGCCCCUUAGUCGUAUCGAGGGAAGUGAUCAGUACCAAGCCUAUAUGAUCAAGAUGUUGGUUCCCUUCGAUGGUGCACACGAAUCAAAAGAAGACCAAGAGGCAGCAGCGAGGGCCAUCUUUGUCGAGGCUUUGAAACAAAUUCGACACGAAUCACGACAAGUCACAAAUGAUGGGUCGCUCCGGAUUGGCACGACCAGCAUGUCUCAUCACUUCAUGACGUACUCACCGGCUUUUGAGGCCAUAUUUUCUGCUGUUCAAGAAGUCGAACCUGCCGCGACUCACAUAGUCAGGUUCCGUCCGUCUCAUUAUGGUGCCAUGUUGACGUACCCACCCAACUAUUGUCUGGGUAAGUGGGGAUCAAGGGGCCCUCCCGAGGACGACAACCCUUAUGUCUUGAUGUUCGAGCAGGACUUCAACGACAGGCUUCGCGUCUCCGUCGCCGAAGUUGGCCGGUACGGUCCCUCGAUCCGUCGUACAGAGACGGUUCAUUGGCUGAUCCACGAGGAUGAUUUGAUUGCCACCAUCUGGCGACAACUGUACCGAACCACCACGCCGAACGAGAUUGCCGCUAUCAUUAUCAGUGCCGAAGAUGCCCUGGCCGACACUUCCAACAUAGAUCGAGCCCUCGAGAUUACCCUCCCCGAGCUGGUGCCGUCCCCGAGCUGGUGCCCAAGAUACAAGCCGCCAAAGGUGGGAGACACUAUGUCACUGCGGUCGGUGCUAGCUGUAUCGCUCGUCAUAUUACCAUCCGGCCAGAACUUGCCAAGUCUGGCGAUACAGUGCAUCCUGCGGCCCAUGAUGAGUUGUAAUGCCGUAAGAGGGACAUGA